AUGCAACAACAAUCCUUGUUCGAGAUUGUUGUUUCUCGCCGAUGGGAAAAGCUGGAACAAUCGGUCAUGAUGAGAGGUUUCUCAAACGUUGGAGGAGUCUCUUCAUCAAUAGUAAAUGAACCAACGAAUGGAUCGUUACUACACUCUGAUGGUGCUCAAAUGGAUAUGACUUCUGAUGAGGACGGAAAUGAUCAGGAAAUUUAUGGGUUAUCAAACCCACACGGUCAUCGGGAUGUGCUGUCCAACGAUCUAUCACUCUAUUUACCAUGUCUUACAAGACAAUAUCAUCAAUCUCCAAAUCGUUCGGCCGGGAAAAUUAAUCUUUUUAAUGUGUUGAAUUCUUCUCGAUUGUUUGAUAAAACAAGACUUUGUAAUGAUUAUAGGACAAGAGUCAAUUGGGAUCAAGUGCAAGAGAGUUUUAUACAAUUUCUAAUGACUUCUCCAUCAUCUGCACCGCAACAACAAGUUACGAAUAUCACAAUUUCUUUCGAAGAAUCUUCUCUUCAAAACCGAGUGAGUCUUAUUUUGAGAGAAAUAUUUGCAAGCGCUUUAAACACCCAAAAAAGUACUUUGUUUUGCAAUGAUGUGUAUAACACUGAAAUUUGCUACCUCAUCUCUUCUACACUCUUUCAAAUACCACUGUUUUUAUUUUCCUCAAGUUUAGAAUCUUCGGAUUCUCGUAUUGCAGCCAUCACUAGAAUGAGAAAUCAGCACUCACAAGCUGGAGGAUUGACUUGGUAUUUUAGAGAAGUAAUUCGCUUCUUCUUUCUGUUAGAUCCGCUAUCACUAAAUGGUACUUUUGAUUCAUUAGGGCUUGUUUCUGAAAACGAUAUUUCUGGAACUACCUACUCGGAAAAAUAUAUAGUUUCAAUUGUGUUAAAUCAUCCUUAUAUUUUGGAAGAUUUAAUUGAGUUUUUAAUCCGAGAGUUUUCAACAAACAAUCAAUAUAUGGCACGACUGGAAUCUAUUUUGCAGCAACUAAGUUCAUUCUCUAGGUCUUCGGCCGAAAAAGUUCGAUUUUAUUGCAUGAAAUUUAGAAAAUUCCCAGAGUUAUGCUUAUAUAUAACUUUUGAAAAGAUAAGAGACUAUGUUAGCUUUUUUAAUAGCUGUUUCAAUGGAGUUUUAGAAAGUGGAAAUUUGUUCUCCGAGACAAAAUCAGCUGAAAUGGCCAUAUUUGAAAGCGUGAAAAAGAAUCCCAAAAUUCAAGAAAUAUUAAGCCGUCACAUUGUAGCUGAAUUGCAAGGAGAAGAAACAUCAGUUGCUGACACUUGUUCUCUGCUUCGACUGUGUUGUGCUUUAAUGCUUCUUUCAAGUCAUAAUGUAUUUAAGAACGAUUUUUCUUUGGUUACUUCAUCCAACCGUAAUUUACCCGUUAGCAUUCAUUUGACAAAACUCAGAUUUUCAUUCUUAUUUAUUUGUGGAGAAAAUAUCACUGCAUCGCUUUCAUCAGAUUUGACAGUUAUAGACGUACCUAAGAGCAACAUUGUUCAAGUUUUGAGAGAUUUUAUUAGAAAUUUAAUGGAAGUCUCAAAUUCUAUGAGCACAACCGAUUCACUAUCCUCACAAGACAAGACAACAAUCAAAAAUAUUUUACUGCUUUUGGCCACCAAUUUUCAUGCGCAACUCUACAAGAGUAUCGCAACAUUUGUGCUAGACACUCUGCAUCCAACAUUGAAAAACUCAAAACAUCUUUCACAUAAUACUUCUUCGUACAGCUCGGGAUCUGGAGGACAGCAAACGGAACAAACAAAAAUACCAUCCACCAAACUAUCCAGACAGUUAUUAGAUGAAAAUACUCUAAAGAGACAACUAGGAGACAGAAUUGCCAAUCUUUUUGUUUCAGAACUAUUUCCUGUCGAAAAACUAGCCCAUGACAUUUUGACUGUCACACCGCUUCCGUUUUACACUGCAGACAACGAUUACGUGUUGCAAUGUGUUUUCCGAAUGCUAAAGAGCAGACUCUUUAGAAAACAUUCUGUUGACGCGUCUGAUUGGGUUUUCCAGCAAGUGCGUUCUCUGUAUCCAGUGAACGAACAAAUCACACUUCACCACUUGAUUCCAAAAAUCAUUCACGAAUUAAUUCAUAGCAAUUGCAUACCAUACGCAUCCAUGCCAUUCGAUAUGAAACUAUUUAGUGAUGAAAUGAUACUAGAUGUCUUUGAAUCAAAAACUUCGAAUCAAAUUGCAAGAGCAUUGAUUUUAUAUUACAUUUUAUCGGUGAAUAACAGCGUAAAAAAACAUCGAUAUGGACCCACAAUAAUAGAAAAAUGUAAUGUUGUGGAAGUGGUGAAAUAUGUGAAAGAGCAUAGGAAACAAGUUGGAGUUUUCUAUAGCCAAUUGUUAUCUGCUGUUGAGGAGCUUCAAUAUUUAUUUCAUUUGGAAACUUUACUCUCAGAAGGAAUAUACAGUGCUGAAACUGUUAAGACAGCAUCAUUAUCUGAAAGUGACAUUUCUGAUGCCAUCAAAUCACCAAUGUUGGAUCAAGCCAAAACAAAAAUGGUCCUAGAUGAAUUGAGAAGCUCUCCCGAAUUAUCACAAUUACACAUGAAUGACAUUAUUCGCAUGCUUGAUAUAACCAAUAAGGAUGGUCUUAUGCAAAAUUUCCAAGAUGUGAGAUAUUUCGUUUUUCUUGCUUUUCAAGAAUGGUGGAAAUGGAUGUUCUCAAAAACAAAUCCAAUGCGACUUGCUCUUCAAACAGCUAAUGUACUUGUGCUCAAGGAAUCUGGAGAGCUCAAAUAUUAUGACAUUUAUCAAAACAUAUUACUGCUAUUCAGAGUCGAUCAACGCAUAUUCCAAUGUCCCCCUCUAUUAGACAUCUUCCUUCAAAUGCUUUCCCUUUUCAUGAGUGCAUCAAGAAAGUUCAUUUUGCAAUCGACUCAUUCUGAUGCCGCUCUGAAAGACAGUUUAAUCAAAACACAAGAGAGCUCUAUUUUGCAACUCUUACUCGAGUAUCUGAAUCCAAAUAUUCUCAACCAUGCAGUUGCAGAGAGCGACAAACCUCUCCACGAAGAUGACGGAAGUACUGACAUGAGAAUUGUUCAACGAAAAAUUUGUCAAUUCAUUCACCAGAGAUUUAUUGAAAAUCCAACUCUCUCCAAGCUCAUUCACUUCCAAACCUAUAAUCCGGCUCUACUCCCAAUUACUGUCUCAUUGAUUGAUUCGAUACACAUUUGUAUGGACUUUAUUCUUGAGUUGCUCAAUCAACCAAAAGUGCAUCAACAAAUGUUUGCGGUCCAACUUGCCUCUUAUCUCUGUGAAAAGUAUCCACUUCAACGUUAUAUUGAUAUUGCUCGAGCAGCCAUUACAAAACUCAAACAAAUUGCUCAUCAACGAUCUGCAUUAAUAUCCAGCAAUUUUUCUGCCCCUGAAGGAAGUAUUGAUUUAUUCUCAAGCAAGCAACUCGUUAAUCAACAAGAAGACUUGAAUAACGCACAAGAAAUUUUAGAGACAUUGCUUCGACUUUCGAGAGCGUUUCCCUUCCUUUGUUUGGAAUGUAUUCAGGUGGUGCACGAAUUGAAAACUGUGUUUUCUUCAAAGCCAAAGGUACUUUUACUAGUUCAGCAAUAUUUUGUCAAGCUGACAACAUCUACUCAUAAUUAA